CAGUUUACCGCCAGCCUUGAGCCGACCGUUGCUCGAACGUGACGUGUCUGUUGCUCAUUUUGCCGGAUCUCGCGCCAAAGUUUACCCUGAGGAUUGAAAAAUGUGAUAGUGCUUGAAGUGAACUUAGUUUGUAAGAGUUUGUGUAUAUUGUUUCACCUGACUCGGAUACAAGUGACAUACAGAAGUGCACAUAUUUACUGGAUUUAGUAAGAAUGCAAGACAGUUAUGUUAAAGUUUUGUAAAAAAAGUAGUGAAAGAUGGGCGCGUAAGAAUCGUUGAAAAGUGUUCAAAUAUUCCUUAGAAAGUUGUAUGUAUAAGUGCCAACUGCCACCAUGGGGACUAACCGGCUGCUUUCACCGUUUACUUUGCUGCUGAUUUGUACAGUCGGUUGGACGGCCAGCGCAGACGACGAGCAGCACGACGCGCGCGAGGGUGAUGACGUCACGAUGCAGUGCCGCUUCUCCCUGGACCACAACGCGGGGGACUCGCUCACCUACUACUGGGUGCGCAGCACGGCGAGUGGGCACGAGAACGUCGCCAUAGGGAACAUCCCCUUGGAAACUAAUUACGAAAUAUCGUACAAGCCUGAGGAGGGCCGCUACGACCUGAUGGUGGCUAACGUAUCGUACGAGCGCGACAAUGGGCGGUUCGAGUGCCGGGUGAAGGCGGGCGGCUCGGGGCGCACACUGCACUCGCAGGGGCACGCGCUAGUGGUCCUAACAUUGCCGCGCGCGCCGCUUCUGACGCCGGGGCCGCACGCGCAAGCACAGGAGGGCCGCGAGCUCAAGCUGGCCUGCUCCAGCUCGGGCGGCUCGCCUGACCCUUCCAUCAAAUGGUACAAAGACGGGUCAACGUACCCCCUAGAAGCGGAGGUGACGUACGGCAAGACGCGCGCCGAGGCGUCGGUGGCGACGCUGACGCUGAUGCCUGCGCGCGAGCACGACGGCGCCACCUUCCGCUGCGUGGUGUGGAACCGCGCCAUGCCCGAGGGCCAGCAGCUGGAUGCCACCGUCGACCUUAGCGUCAACUAUUUCCCUCGCAUCGAAGUCGGCCCUGAAAACCCUCUUAGAGUAGAAAUCGACGGCAGCGCAACCAUGGAGUGUAAAGUCGAUGCCAAGCCACAAGUUAACUCCGUGCGAUGGACUCGGAACGGAAAAUAUAUCUCCAAUUCGUUCACGCACACCAUUCAGGGCGUCACUAUCCAAGAUGCUGGAACAUACUCUUGCAGCGCAGAUAACGGCCUCGGUCACCCUGGAGAGAAAGAAAUUUAUCUCGAUGUCCUCUUCCCUCCUAGUGUCACUGUUGAAUCCAAGACCUACGAAGCAGAAGAAGGCGGAACAGUUGAGAUACACUGUGAAGUCAGCGCUAACCCAGAGCCAACUGUCAUAGAAUGGACUAUGGAGGGUAGGCCAGAUUUUCACCAAAAGGGGAAGACCCUUAUGCUCACAAAAGUAAACGCUGACAUGGUCGGUACUUAUAUCUGUCGAGCUGUCAACGUCAUAUCAUCUAUGAACGGCAAGCGCGUGGAACGUUCCAGUAGCGCAUCAGUCGCGGUUCUGGUGAGACAUAAGCCUGGCCGGGCACACAUCAGUCCAGACCGCCCUGUCGCACAGGAAGGAACCGGGGUGACCCUCACAUGUAGCGCCAAACCUCCGGGCUGGCCGGCGCCACAAUACCGGUGGUUCCGAGACAUAGAGUCGUUGGACUCAAAGCCCGGGGUUCUUGCCACAGGAAAUAAAUACACCAUCCCGAGUGCACAUCUCGGCAGCGAAGGAGUCUACCACUGCCAAGCCACUAAUGAACUAGGCCACGGAGAUUUAGCUUCAGUUACUCUUGAAGUUCAUCAACCACCUCGAUUCCAAGCAAAAUUACAGCCUCAUUUAACGAAGCGUGCUGGUGAACAAGAUUUCUUUGUGACCUGCAGUGCGCUGGGCAAGCCCCGACCUCAUGUCAAAUGGUUCAAAGAUAACGCUGAAAUAAGUCUAGAUACAAAUAUGUAUGAGAUUACAACAGAUGUAUCUGAGGGCAGAAACUCUGUGUUUAAUGUCCAAAGUACUUUGAGAUUCUAUGGAAAGGCGAGGCCAAACACUAACGACUUGCUGCCCGAGGAUAGGGGCAUAUAUUCUUGCACAUACGAAAACGAAGUGAAGAGGGUGGAUUCCACAAUGCAUCUUCGAAUAGAGCAUGAACCGAUACCAAUAAAAUUGCAACAUAAAGUCGCUUACGAUAUCAUGGAAACAGCCGAAAUAUUAUGUAGAGUUCAAGCUUACCCGAAACCCGAGUUCCAAUGGUUUUACGGGUCCCACACGUCACCUCUGCAAAUGUCCUCCGACGGGCACUACGAAAUAAAUACUACGACUGAUAAUAACGAUUCCUAUCGUAGCGCCCUCAAAAUAAAAUCCCUGAAGCCCCAGGAUUACGGAGACUACUACUGCAGCGUGAAAAAUGUGCUGGGAAAUAUUCGGCCUCAGAUUAGGUUGCAGCCGAAAGGCGCACCUGAAUCGCCGAGUGGGCUCGUCAGCCAGAAAGUGGGCCCUUCGUUCGUCACGUUGAAAUGGGAGGCAGGCUUCGACGGCGGGCUGUCGAGUACGAAAUAUUUCGUGAGGUACCGGCGCGCGAUGGCCCGCCGCGCGGACGGAGCCUCCGCCGCUGUGAGCUCCGAUUGCGCCGCGGAUAAAUCAGAUUUUGAGUGGAUGGAAUACGACUGCGGCAGAGCCAAUCCCUGCAACGUCACAAAAUUAGAACAACAAAAUUCAUACACGUUCAAGGUGAAAGCUGUGAAUACGAAAGGUCAGAGUAACUACUCGAACGAGAUCACGGUGACGACGAAAGUGGACCGUAUCCCUGCGCCGGAGCAAGUGACGUACGACCCGAGCACCAAGACCGUGGCGUUCAGCGUGAGCCCCACGUGUCUGGCGCUCAUGGGGGUGGCAGAAGGGCUUGGAGGAGUCGCGGGAUCGGCCGGCUGGCAGGUGGUGGAUACCAUGCCGCUGAGGCUUUCUGGAUCUACGCCAAUGCUUCAAGAGUCGGUGCUGGAAAUCCCAAACAAGCCUGGCAGGAAAAGCAGUCGUCACAUGAACGAUCCCCCUCUGGACGAGUUAAACCCUAGGAUAAGAGUUAAGCUCUGUCUGCAAGUUAACCAGGAGUUCUGCAGCGAAUACACUGAAGCCGAAAUUGGCCCGGCUUACGUAAGGAAGGAACCAGACAUGUUGGUAGCAGUUAUGACCUCAAUGAUUGUGUUUGUCGUACUAGUGGUGGUCAUUUGGCUGUUAUUCCUUUACUGUCGAUCGAAACGAAUGGAAAUGAAAAAAGUACGCACGAAAGAUCACGAGUUGGAUUCAAUGAAAUCCGCUAUGGAGUCGAUGAAAUCCCAAAAUCAAGGCCCGCCUCCCUACUCCUACCCAUGUGCGGGAAUGGAAAACAAGGCACUCGAACAUUCGAUGGACUUGCCACUGCCCAUAGACGACUCCAAAGACGCCGUCUACUCGACGCAGGGGGGAUAUGCCUACCGGCCCUCGCACGCCCAGGUACACCACGGGCAAAAUAUCCCCACCUCCGAUUGGCCGUACAUGGAGAACAGUUACACGAACAGCAACAACGGGGGCAGCGUGAACUCGCAGGACUCGAUGUGGCAGAUGAAGAUGGCGGCGGCGAACGGCGCGGCGGUGAUGGCGCCGCACCAGCUGCUGGAGCGCCAGAGCAACUACGAGUACGACCCCAUGACGCACGGCGGCUACGGCACGGUGGAGGACUACGCGCCCUACCAGCGCCUGCCGCACGCCGCGCCGGCGCCCGACUACCUGCGCGCCGCGCAGACGCCCUCGCGCCAGGACUACUGCUCCGACCCCUACGCCUCCGUGCACAAGCCCAAGAAGCGCAUGGACCAACACAUGGAAUCCCCAUACCACGAAGUCAGCGGUUUACCGGAGGCGUACGAGGGCGGCGGCGGCGACGCGUGCGGCGAGGACAAGCCGGCGCACCUGUCGCUGAGCUACGACGAGUCGCUGGAGUCGGGCUACUCCACGCCCAACACGCGCUCGCGCCGCGUCAUCCGCGAGAUCAUCGUCUAAUGAGCGCUCACGCCUGCGCGGUACGUGCGCACACUUAGGCCUCAGCCUCGAACUUAGCGGGCAGCGGG